AAUAAAACUGCUGGACCAACUAUAAGACCAUGGCCUCUCUGUCCCGACCACCCCCUCUCUUUCUCUCUCUCAAUCUCUCUCCUUAGAAGGGAGCACCCAACUCGCCACCGCGCCAUGGACCCACCGCCGCCUCCUGCCCCCUCUCCGACCGUCUCCGCCGCCCCCUCCGCUACCCAACUUGGCUACGCCGACUCGGUGGACUCGUCCCCGCGCUCCCGAAACACCGAUUCUUGGGACGAGCCGCUUCCUGCUGUCGCCGGCGCCGGCAGCAAGCUCCGGCUUAUGUGCAGCUACGGCGGCCACAUCGUGCCGCGGCCCCACGACAAGUCCCUCUGCUACGUCGGCGGCGACACCCGCAUCGUGGUGGCGGAGCGCCAGUCCUCCCUUGUCGACCUAUCCGCCCGCCUCUCCAAAACCCUCCUCAGCGGCCGUCCCUUCACCCUCAAGUACCAGCUCCCCAACGAAGACCUCGACUCUCUGAUCUCCGUCACCACCGACGAAGACCUCGAGAACAUGAUCGACGAGUACGAUCGCACCUCCUCUCAGUCCUCUCAUAAAUCCUCUCGCCUCCGAUUAUUUAUCUUCCCCACCAAACCCGAUUCCGCGUCUUCCAUCGGCUCGCUUCUCGACAAUUCUGCUAAAUCUGAGGAUUGGUUUCUCAACGCUCUUAAUGGAGCUGGUGUGCUCUCGAGGGGUUUUUCGGAAUCGCAAUCGGUUAAUUGCUUGCUGGGUCUUGACGACGACGGCGUCGGCGGUUCGGAAAAUUUAGGGUUGACUAGAGAUGUGGAUGCUCAAGCUGGGUCUUUUAGCAAUAGCAAGACGGGUAAGCAAGGGCAAGACGUGCACUCGGUGCCGGAUUCGCCGAUGUUGGAGACGACUUCGUCGUUUGGCUCUACUUCGUCUUCGCCGUCGUUGACGAAUUUGCCGCCGAUUCGGGUCCAUGUGGAGGAUGGUGGUGGUGGUGGGGUGAGGUUGCAGGAUCAGAAGGUGGGGAUUGAGGAACAGUUUUCGCAGAUGAGUGUUGCUGCUGCGCAGAAGCAGGAUGAGGGUUUUAUGAUUUUGUCAUCUCCGCCUCCGGUUCCCACUACUGCAGUAGCUGCGGCGGGUGUGCAGAUCGGUUCUGCCGUGGUUGGUGGUGAAUAUCAGAAUCGGGUUUUUUCUGAUGAUGAGAGAUCGGAGCAGGGGAUGCCUGUAGGGUAUCUGAAACCGCCACACCCACAGCCGCCACAGUUGGCGCAGGUGUCUGCACAGCUGCAGCCCAGACCGGGUGGUCUUUAUGAUUUGCCUUCCCCAGACUCAGUCUCAAGUGAUAGUAGUAUGACAAAUGCUGUUUCUCGCCAAAAACCUCCCAUUUAUCAAGACCCAGUUAAUCAAUUACCCUCUGGAGCCAACAGGGUUUCUGCUAACCCUGUGGAUCCCAAAUUUAAUUUCUCUGAUCCAAAUUCUAGGAGCCAUAUGGUUCAGCAACUUCAGGAUUCUGGGUAUGUAUUGUCAACCCAAUUUGAGCAGCAGCAGCAGCAACCUCAGCAGCAAUUCAUUCAUGCUGGCCCCCAUUACAUCCACCAUCACCCCGCAGGGGCAAUGCCAAUGUCGUCCUACUAUCCUGUAUAUCCUUCUCAGCCACAGCACCACCACCAUCCCCACCCUCAGCUUGAUCCACAAUACUCAGUUUACUUUAUGCCCCCCAGACCGACUCAAGCUUACAACUUGUCUAUGCAGCAAUCUAAUUUGAAUGAAUCUGCCACUGCUAUCCCGUCCAGUCGCCCCCAAGCCCCUGCCAAUGCCACCAUGAUUCCCCCUUCUGCAGCAUACAAUCAGGCAAGAAAUGCUCCUCCACCUAAACCUGAAAUGGCAGCCGGUGUGUACAGAACAGCUGCAGCAUCUUCCCCUUUAGUUCAAGUGCCUUCCAGCCAGCAUCAGCAACAAUACGUUGGGUUCUCUCAGAUUCAUCACCCAUCUCAGUCCAUUGCACCUACCUCAGCUGCUACUGCAAAUUAUGCUUAUGAAUAUUCCGAUCCUGCUCAUGCUCAGCUAUACUACACUCAGCCUCUGGCACCCACCCUCCCUCCUCAGUACCAGACCAUGACAGCCCCUGCUGUACUGUUGCCGGAAGCAGGUUCUCAGCUUCCAACCGAGAAUAUCAAGCAGCAGAUCAGAACUUCGCAGCCACAGUAGGUCAAAUGGGCAAGAAGCUACAAUUUUGAAUGGAUGGGUUUGUUUAAUUUUGCUUUUAAAUUUUCUAUUUCAGCGUCCCUGUCUUGUUUUUGGUAUUGGUUUGUGGUAUGUAUUUGUCAUAGAUAAUAAGCAACUCUGGUUUUCUUUUUAAUUUCUUUAAUGUUACAUUGUUGUUAUUGUCAAAAGAAAACAAAAGUGGUCUGCAACCAUCAUACUGUAAAAGUUCAAACUCAAAUAUUGUGUGCUUGUCCAGUUCAUAUCAGUUAAUAAAAUGUGUAUUAUAAGUCGUAA